AUGGCGACCUGGGUGGAAAAGUGCCAAGCGGCCUUGCAGAGGUGUCUCCCCGGUCAUAAUCGAUCAACAACUCUCAACAAUCUUGCCAUCAGCCUUUAUGACAGAUUCAAGCAGCGUGGUGUCCCGUCUGACCUUGACGAGGCCAUCGAGCUCUUUCGGGCUGCACUGCUCAUCUGCCCUCUCGGUCAUUCUGAUCGACCAACGUCUCUCAACAAUCUUGGCAUGGGCCUUUAUGACAGAUUCAAGCAGCGGGGCGUCCCGUCUGACCUUGACGAGGCCAUCGAGCUCUUUCGGGUUGCACUGCUCAUCUGCCCUCUCGGUCAUUUUGAUCGACCAACGUCUCUCAACAAUCUUGGCACGGGCCUUUAUGACAGAUUCAAGCAGCGGGGCGUCCCGUCUGACCUUGGCGAGGCCAUCGAGCUUCAACGGGCCACACUACUCAUCUGCCCACCCGGUCAUUCUCUUCGACCAACGUCUCUCAACAAUCUUGGCCUCAGCCUUUAUGACAGAUUCAAGGAGCGGGGCGUCCCGUCUGACCUUGACGAGGCCAUCGAGCUCCAUCGGGCCACACUCCUCAUCUGCCCACCCGGUCAUUCUCUUCGACCAACGUCUCUCAAUAAUCUUGGCCUCAGCCUUUAUGACAGAUUCAAGGAGCGGGGCGUUCCGUUUGACCUUGACGAGGCCAUCGAGCUCUUUCGGGCUGCACUCCUCAUCUGCCCCCCCAGUCAUGACCUUCGACUAGCGUCUCUCAACAAUCUUGGCAUGGGCCUUUAUGACAGAUUCAAGGAACGGGGCGUCCCGUCUGACCUUGACGAGGCCAUCGAGCUCCAUCGGGCCACACUACUCAUCUGCCCCCCCAGUCAUGACCUUCGACUAGCGUCUCUCAACAAUCUUGGCCUCAGCCUUCAUGACAGAUUCAAGCAGCGGGGCGUCCCGUCUGACCUUGACGAGGCCAUUGAACUCUUUCGGGCUGCACUACUCAUCUGCCCACCCGAUCAUUCUCUUCGACCAACGUCUCUCAACAAUCUUGGCACGGGCCUUCAUGACAGAUUCAAGCAGCGGGGCGUCCCGUCUGACCUUGGUGAGGCCAUCGAGCUCCAUCGGGCCACACUACUCAUCUGCCCACCCGGUCAUUCUCUUCGACCAACGUCUCUCAACAAUCUUGGCACGAGCCUUUCUGACAGAUUCAAGCAGCGGGGCGUCCCGUCUGACCUUGGCGAGGCCAUCGAGCUUCAACGGGCCACACUACUCAUCUGCCCACCCGGUCAUUCUCUUCGACCAACGUCUCUCAACAAUCUUGGCUUCAGCCUUUAUAACAAAUUCGAGCAGCGAGGUGUCCCUUCUGACCUUGACGAAGCCAUCCAGCUCCUUCGGGCUGCACUACUCCUUUAUACCCCUGGUCAUUCUGAUCGAUCAAUGUCACUCAACAGUCUUGCCCUCUAUCUUCGAACCAGAUUCGAGCAGCGGGGCGUCCCGUCUGACCUUGACGAGGCCAUCGAGCUCCAACGGGCCACACUACUCAUCUGCCCACCCGGUCGUUCUCUUCGACCAACGUCUCUCAACAAUCUUGGCCUCAGCCUUUAUAGCAGAUUCGCGCAGCGAGGUGUCCCUUCUGACCUUGACGAAGCCAUCCAGCUCCUUCGGGCUGCACUACUCCUUUAUACUCCUGGUCAUUCUGAUCGAUCAAUGUCACUCAACAGUCUUGCCCUCUGCCUUCGAACCAGAUUCGAGCAGCGAGGUGCCCUGUCUGACCUCGAUGAGGCAUUUAGGCUGUAUGCGCAACUCUCUCAUGUAGCUCAUGCAGUCUCUCGUGAGGAUCUUACUGCUGCCAAGUCAUGGGCCACCUCGGCCGAGGAGACGAAUCAUGACUCUGUAUUGGUUGCCUAUCAAACUGCAUUGAAAUUUCUAGAUCAGCAUAUUACUAUCUUGUCAUCUUCUCCACUCCAUUUCGAUGUUGUCAGGAUGGCCACUGCUUCCCUUGGAAUGGACGCUUUCUCGUGCAGUGUUCGUCAUGGCGCGCUCACAACUGCUGUGGAAAUGAUGGAGCAAGGCCGUGCAGUAUUCUGGACUCAUUUGGCACGCUUCCGCACACCCCUCGAUGAACUCUCCAUGUCUGGUGACACCGGUGCAGCCUUGGCAGAAGAGAUCAAGCAGCUCAGUUUUCGCCUUCGUAACGUGUCCGACCGGUCUACGGAAGACCCGUCUUCGCAAAUCCGGCAAUUGACCAUGCAAUGGGAAGACGUAAUCUCACGCAUCCGCAUGCUGCCUGACUUUCCUCGAUUUCUCCUGCCCCCGCUGUUCUCUGACCUCCAGAGAUCCGCUGAAGAAGGCCCGGUUGUAAUCGUCAAUGCUAGUCAGUACAGCUGCGAUGCCUUGAUUAUCCUCAGUGGUCAAGAUCCUGUCCACGUUCCACUUCAUAUUGCGCAGACCGAAGUCUCCGAAUUGUCUUCCGAGUUUCAGUCCCUUUCAGAACAAUUUGGUUCUUCUAAUCAGCUAUACAAGCUUGUCACCAUCCUCCGGAAGCUUUGGCAUGAAGUUGUUGACUCCGUGGUCCAAGCUCUCAAAGAGUCUAAAGUUCACCCUGGCUCACGUAUUUGGUGGUGUCCCACUGCCGAUUUUACGCUGCUUCCUCUACAUGCAGCAGGACCCUACGAGAAGAAGAAAGACAAUUUAUCUGACAUUUACGUCUCCUCUUACACCCCCACUUUGGCGACACUUGUUCGUGCAAGACAGCAGGUUUCUGGAGAUGCGUCCCCACAACAUUUUGUUGCCAUUGGUCAAGGAAACCCGCAAGGGGCGAAGGCACUCGAACAUGUCGCUCCCGAGUUAGCCGUAGUCGCUCAGCAUCUCGCACCCGUUGUCUCGGUCACGUCGCUCGCGGACGGCGAUGCGACAGUUGAAGGUGCACUCGAUGCACUAAAUCAUAAUCAGUGGCUCCAUCUAGCCUGCCACGGAAUGCCGAAUCGACAACAACCAUUUGAGUCUUCCUUUGCCAUGCGCGACGGGCCUUUAAUGAUAAAGGAUGUCAUUCGAUCUAACUGGCAGAACCCUCAGUUUGCAUUUCUAUCGGCCUGCCACACUACUGUGGGCGGUGAGAUGAGUCCCGACGAGUCGAUUCAUCUCGCUGCGGCCAUGCAAUUCUCCGGAUUCCGCAGUGUAAUAGGUUCAAUGUGGUCUGUCGACGACGAGGUUGCACGACAGGUUGUGUCCGCUUUUUACGGCAACCUGGUCGAUGGGUCAGGGAGGUUGGACUGCACACGGGCUGCGGUGGCGUUGCACAAGGCUGUGAAAUCGUUGCGCAAGAAGAUUCCGCUAGAACAGCAGAUCGUGUUUGUUCACAUAGGUGUCUAGUUUGUAUUUUAUGUUAUCCUGAUUGCUUUCAAUCCCUGUUGUCCCUAGUUUUCAGUUAGUCAAAUCGUGUCUGUACAAUACUUGUUUUUCCAUUGUGUACUAGUACUGCAAGCACCGUUCGGUUGAAUGAUUAUACAUCGCGUUGUCGAACAUACAAAUGAGUUGGCUGUUUACACAAGGACUUUGUACGAUGGACUGGUGCGUAAUUCUUCCUUGAUAAUAUGUGGUUACUAAGACUUGGUAAGUUCGAGCGACAUCAAGAACACCGCAACCAACUCUCGCUGGCCUGCAGCCUGACAAGGAAAUUAAUAUGGAACAAAACGACCAAGGACAAACUUUCACUUCCGACACUUGUAGGUAAGCCUCGUGAAAUGACUUGGGUCGCGAGCGGCGGCACUGGAACGUCAGUCAUCUGCAAAUAAAGCCAGAGGUGGGCGAAGAAACGUGUCAUUGUAGGAUA